CAACAAUUAUCACCAUUUAGAUCGAGGAUUUGUGUACAAUAUACCACCCCAUUUGGUAAUGGCUCAUUCGGACUAAAAGAAAACCAUCAUUACCAUCCAAUAAUCAACAACUAAGAUCAUAAUUGCUUCAUACAAUUCUUAAAAUAAAAGUAAAAAAAGGUCCCACUUGAAUACUUAACUUAACCAAUUGAAUCCUAUUUUGUCGAUCAACCACUCACCAAAAUCAAACCCCUCAUUUCCCUCACCCACUUCAUUCCACUCACCAAAAUCAAACUCCAAAAAAAAAUAUGCAAGAAACUAAAAACCCCACCAAAAAUUACACUCACAAAAAACACAAACACAAACAUCCUAACUACGUCCACCCUCAAUCGGAAACCGCCGCAGAAAACACCACCCCAACCUCAACCACCACCACCACCACCACCGCUUCAACUGCCCCAAACAUCUCUUUCAAGCGCAACACCGACGUAAAAGGCCUAAAAUUCGGCGGCCAAUUCAUCGUAAAAUCCUUCACCGUCCGUCGCUGCCGCCCUCAAGAACUCUCACUCCUCCUCAAUCUCUCUCCUCCACAAGCACUCCCUUCCACCAUCGCCUUCCUCCCUUCAAACUUCACCAUCUUAGCUCACCAUGCUUGGCACACCUUAACCCUUGGCUUGGGCACCAAGAAAUCCAAGGUCAUCAUCUUUGUUUUUGACACCGUGGCUGCUAAAUCCAACGCCGAUCUGACGUGGCCUCACGAGAUCCCUUUGGGUGACGUCAAUAAACGGUUGAUUCGCGGGAUGAACAGCUGGGAUUUUGCGAGGUUUAAGUUUAGGAAAGGGUGUAUAACUUUUUAUGUGUUCGGUGUUAGAAAGAGUGGUGAUAGAGGAGGGUUCCAGUGUGGUGACGACUUGCGGUGUAUCCUGCACUCUGUUGUUGCUCUUAAGGAUUUUCUUGAUCAUACGGCUAUGCUUGCUUUGCCCAAUCAAAGGUCCCUCGACCAUUCUUCCAUUAAUAAUAACAGGAGUAGUUACAAUCAUCGUUCUGUUGCUGCUCAUUAAUUUUUUUAUUUUUUAAUGUAGUUCUUAUUUUUGGAGGGAAUUCAUUUAUUUUCUUUGUUGUUGGGUUUCUAUCUUCGGUGUAUAUGUAAUUUUGUUCCACCAAUGAUCAUCGAUAAGUAUUGGUAA